UUUAAUUAAUGCAAUUAUCUGUUUGUCCUUGUACCACAAGGUCCUUGUUAAAAAAGCUAAAGGAUGCAAAACCUUCUAUCAUCAAAUCUGCAUAAAUUCGCUUGAGUAGUUUUGACACGAAAAUGAUUGAAACUGUCAUUAUUGAUCUUGUCUACAACAGCUUGUUGUGCGGUGGUGGACUAAACCUUCAGUUGGCACCAGUACAACGCGUCGCUCUGACCUCUGUCUUCGCUGUGUAAACAUUGCCUUGGCAUCUUCUCUUAUCCUUCUUGAUUCAAAUACCAAAUAUUCCGUGCGUAGCUGUCACUAACAGGAUGAUGAUUAAACACAGUUUGCUAGACUUCAAGGUUCCCCCGGAUAUCUGUCUGUCCUCGGAGCAGAUCGAGGAGAAGAUUUCUGCUGCAUUACACAAGCAUCUCCAGGUGAAGGGUCCUGUAUUCACACAGCGUGUCAAAGGCUUUGGGGACAUGCUUAUUUAUGAAGCGACCACAGGAAAAAGUAGCCACUGCACGGUGCACAUUCUUCCUGGUGGUUUGAUCACCCUCGAUAUCAUGUUCAACGAUGAACCCAAUAACAACGAAAAACUAGACCCAACAUUUUGGUAUUUUCUUCCUCUGAGGAAAUCGAUCGAAGAUUCGCUGUUCGCGAAGACUUCCGCCAUCCCGCCCAUUACCCGCGGGCGUGAAAUCAACCCUUACUAUGACACUUCCGACGGAAGGUUAAAGGAGUAUGACUUUGACCGGGUGGUGUACCAUGAGCAAUCUCCUUACCAAGACAUUCUCAUCAUGCACUCUCCUCAAUUUGGCAACAUGCUCUUCCUGGAUGAAAUCGAGAUGCUUGCCGAGAGCGAUAUCGCUUACACCCGCGCCAUAACCGGAAACGGAAAUGAAGAUUUCGAGGACAAAACCGUGCUCAUCCUUGGGGGAGGGGACGGGGGGAUCAUUCACGAACUCCUCAAAGAAAACCCGAGAUUUAUCACAAUGGUCGAGAUCGAUCAACUCGUAAUCAACGCAGCAAGGAAACACCUGCCUGGAAUUUGCGGCAGCACACUCGGCUCGUUGGAAGGUCCGACGCACAAGAUCAUCGUAGGGGAUUGUAUCGCAUACCUUCGUAACUGCAUCCGGGAAGACAGAAAGUUCGAUUACGUCAUCAAUGACCUGACCGAUAUACCAAUCAACCUCGAAAUCCAAGAUUCUCACUGGGACUUUAUCCGCGACUGUCUUAACUUGUCUCUCCAAGUGUUAAGCCCCGGAGGAAAGUACUUUGCACAGGGAACCAACGGAGCCACAAAUUACGAAGCCCUUAAGGUAUAUGAAGAUCAGCUGAAGCAGGCAUGCUUUCCGAUUGGCUUCCAGAGGCAUCACGUGUUCGUACCUUCCUUCAUGGAACAGUGGACGAUAUACGAAGUAUGGAAAACAGAGACAAACAAAGCCAGCACAUGACACAGACA